AUGAACCUGGAUGUUGAUAACUUGCAACCAAUAUGGAAACUUUGGGGAGAAGAAAGAAUAGAUGGAGCAAUUUAUACUGUUUAUCUCAAGAAAGUUCGUUACCAUCGGCCUACACAGUCUGUUCAAUCAGAAGAUAAUGGUGAACGCAUUUCACAUCUAGAAUGGGAAACAGUUCGAGUAAGAUUGUUAAAAGCAGGAACUUUAGAAAGACUUGUUGAAGCAUUGGCCACUGAUGAAGGAGAACUUGAGUCUACCUAUGUCAACAUUUUUCUUGCUACUUACCGUACAUUUGCUUCUCCUCAUGAAGUUUUAACAUUGCUUUUAGACAGGUAUGACCAGCUUGCCAACAAUGAGUUAGAUCUUCCUCCUCAAGUUGCAGAACAGCAUAGAAAGACACUAUGUGGUGCUCUUCAUGUUUGGUUGGAGAGUUAUCCGGAAGACUGGAGCCAACCUCCUCUUCAUCCGAUGCUCCGCCAGCUGUUGCUUUUUACACAACAGCACCUGCCUAAUUCAGAGCUUCACAUUAAAGUCCAACAUCGUCUGCAGAGCUUGCAGUCACAUUCGAAGUCCUGUGAUGUUUAUUCACUCUAUAAUGGCAGCAGUCUUUGCCUGCAUACAACAUCCACUCAACCACCGUACAUGUUUCCUGACAUUCCUCACCUUCACUUCGCCGAGCAGCUGACAAAAAUUGAUAUGGAACUUUUUAAAAAAGUAGUUGUUCACCAAUGCCUGGGUGGAGUUUGGUCCAGAAGAGAGAAAAAGCGUGCUGAGGAAGCUGCAACAGUUCUCGCCACAGUAACCCAGUUCAAUGCAGUGUCAUUGCGCGUAAUAUCCACUGUAUUGUUACACACCUCUAGUCCUAGAUCGGCGAUUAUUGCAGCUUGGAUUGAUAUUGCUCAGGAAUUAAGAGUACUAAAAAACUUUUCUUCAUUGAAAGCAAUAAUAUCGGGUCUUCAGAGCAAUCCUGUAUAUAGACUUCACAAAACAUGGUCAUUGUUACCAAAAGAUAAGGUUGAACUUUUUGAAGAACUAGCUAGAAUAUUCAGUGAAGAAAAUAAUCAGUGGGCCCAAAGAGAGCUACUUAUGAGAGAAGGGACUGCGAGGUUUGCUGUAACAGUUGGUCAGAAUGAUAAACAUCUUCAAAAAAUAAUUCAAAGACAACUCAAUAACAGUGGGACCAUCAGCUAUGGAACCAUACCAUAUUUAGGAACCUUUCUCACAGAUUUAACUAUGAUAGAUGCUGCUAUUCCUGAUAAUUUACCAAAUGGUUACAUUAACUUUGACAAAAGAAGAAAAGAAUUUGAAGUUUUAGCACAGAUAAAGCUAUUACAGGGUGCUGCUAAUGCCUAUACCAUAAUUGAAGAUCCUAGUUUCGAGAGAUGGUUUGAUUCGGUCCUUACGUUGGAUGAUAAGGAAGCUUAUCAACUCUCUUGUCAGAUAGAACCGCCACCUGCUAACACACCUGUGAACCUGAAGAUACGAUAUAAUCAUUUAGAGAGGGUAUUUAAUUAUAUUAUUAGAAUACCUAGGGUUUUUAACAAGCUUCAAUGGCUGAAACAAGUAAUUUUGACAAAUAGGCCUCCUCCUCUCAUACAGGAGGGUAGUAUAAAAUGGAAUCAUCAUUAUGGUCAUAGAAAAAACGACUCUGUCGCUAGUACUUCCAGCAGUUCAAGUAGUCAGUUUUACUGUGAUAUAGAUCAUGCCUCUACUUCCAUUGAUACUAAGGAUUCAGUAUCACAGACUUCUUCAUCGUCUAAUGGUUCUAUUGACACCACUCCUAUGUCACCAAGCCUAAACGUUAGUCAGGGACCCACAGAUUUUUAUAUUAUCAAAGUGACUUACCAGACUGAUAAUGUUGAAACUGAUGGUAUUGUUUUAUAUAAAAGCAUUAUGUUAAGUAAUAAUGAGAGAACGCCACAAGUAAUAAGAAAUGCAAUGAUGAAGUUAGGUCUGGAAGGAAACCCCGAGGCUUAUACCAUCGCUCAGAUCUUACCUAAUAAAGGUAAGGUUACAGAAAUGGUGCUUCCUCCUACUGCAAAUGUUUAUUAUGCUGUAAACACUGAUUUUAAUUUAAAUUUUAUACUCCGUCCAAAGGACCAACCUAGCCCUAGUGGGCAUAAGAAAUCAAAACCCCUCUGUACUUAA